GUCUUCAACUUAGGAAAAAUCCUGAAGAUGGCCAAAGAUGACUCCACUGUCCGUUGCUUCCAGGGCUUGCUGAUUUUUGGAAAUGUGAUUAUUGGUAUGUGCGGCAUUGCCCUGACAGCAGAGUGCAUCUUCUUUGUAUCUGACCAGCACAGCCUCUAUCCACUGCUGGAAGCCACCAACAAUGAUGACAUCUUUGGGGCUGCCUGGAUUGGCAUGUUUGUUGGUAUCUGCCUUUUCUGCCUGUGCAUUCUAGGCAUCGUGGGCAUCAUGAAGUCCAACAAGAAAAUCCUUCUGGCGUAUUUCAUUCUGAUGUUUAUAGUAUACGGCUUUGAAGUGGCAUCUUGUAUCACCGCAGCAACACAACGAGACUUUUUCACACCGAACCUCUUCCUGAAACAGAUGCUGGAGAGGUACCAGAAUAACAGCCCUCCAAACAAUGAUGACCAAUGGAAAAACAACGGAGUCACCAAAACCUGGGAUAGGCUAAUGCUCCAGGAUAACUGCUGUGGUGUCCACGGCCCAUCAGACUGGCAGAAAUACACAUCAGCCUUCCGGACAGAGAACAAUGACGCCGACUAUCCCUGGCCUCGCCAGUGCUGUGUCAUGAACAAUCUUAAAGAACCUCUCAACCUGGAAGCUUGCAAACUAGGAGUGCCUGGUUAUUAUCACAAUCAGGGCUGCUACAACCUGAUUUCCGGACCAAUGAACCGACAUGCCUGGGGAGUUGCCUGGUUUGGAUUUGCUAUUCUCUGCUGGACAUUUUGGGUCCUUCUGGGUACCAUGUUCUACUGGAGCAGAAUUGAAUAUUAAGAACACUUGACUCCGGAUUAGGGACUGGAACCAGCUCUAUUCCACAACUGGACUUCACAGUAACCUGAGCAGGACUCAGCCUUCCCAGUUGAGGGUAAAGAGUGUCUUAGGUGCUCAGUCUCCUGAAAUUCUCCUAACUAAUGUUUUUCACCCUGAUCUAGGAU